AUGGGAUUAAAGUACACCAACUACUUUGACAACUCCCAAUACACUUCACCAGAUACCCAAAUUCUCACCUGUAAAGGAUGCUCAAGUCAUCUUUGCUUAUCAAAUUUGAUCUUGUCCGAUAACUUUAGUGGCUCUAGCGGAAAAGCACUUUUGGUUGAGCAGUUGAUUAAUGUUGAUAUUGAUCCAGUUACCGAAGAUACUUCAAUGAGAACUGGACUAUACAAGAUUAAUAAAGUCAAAUGUCAACAAUGUAAAAAGAUUGUUGGUUGGAGGUAUAAGAAGUCUUAUAGUUAUAGCGAAAGCUAUAAAGAAGGGAAAUUUGUAAUUGAAAAGAGUUAUAUAAGUAUGUCUAAAUGA